GGGGAGGCUUCAUUUCCGGCGCGGCCUUUUCAAGAUGGCGGCGGAAGUGAGGAGCCGCGGUUUAGCCUUCGCCGAGAAAGAGAUGCGGCGCCGAGGAUGGGAGAAAGGGAAAGGGCUGGGGAAGCGUGAGACGGGCAUCUCGGAGGCCAUCCGGGUCAAGGUCAAGUGCGACUCGGCCGGGGUGGGCCACGAUCCGGGGGAGGCCUUCUCCUUCCACUGGUGGGACCACCUCUUCAACGCUUCCGCCGCCAAGAUCUCCGUCCAGCCAGGACAGAAUGGCGUCCAGGUGGGAAAGGUCUCUGAGGAGGAGGAAGAGCCCCCUGCCCGCAACAAAAAGCCCCGGAAAGCCCUCAAGCGCAAGGACAUGCUGUACGGGCACUUCAUCAAGGCGUCCACCUUGACGUCCAAAGGGGAGGAGCCCUUGAACCCGGUCCACCCUUCGGACAGCAGCAGCGAGGAAGAAGAGGCCAAACUGGACCUGUCCUCCGCGAAAAGACUGACCGACGAGGAGCUGGUCAAGGCCUGCGGGGGACGCACCGCCCACAAAGGGGCGAGGCACGGCUUCACCAUGAGUGCCAAACUGGCCCGCCUGGAGGAGCAGGAGGCGGCCUUCCUGGCCAAAUCCCUCCCCCAGAAAGCCCCACAUUCGGAGCAGAAGGGGGAGAGAAAGGCCCCAAGGCGGAAGGAAGGCGCCCUCGAGAACCUGGAAGGAGAAGGAGAAGGA